CUCAUCCAGUUUUUUUUAACCACUUAUACAUACACUGAGAAACAAGCUAAGCAAGUUUCUACGACAGGCAUAUAUUUAAUAUCUAUUAAUAUAUAUUUCUUUUGUUUAAAAGAUUAUUGCAAUAAAUUUCAAAUUCUUUAGAUGUAAUGUAAAUGAAUAAUGGCUGAACUGCAAACUGAAACAGAUUCUAUAGUUGUUACUACAGAAGUUUUAAAAACUGAUGAUGUCAAAGUACCUGUUUUGAGGCUAAGAUUAACUUCUCCAAAAACUGACAAAAAAAUAAAAUGGAAAGAAGGAACUGUCGAUAACGAAGGAAUGGGGAAAAAGUCAUCAAAGUGUUGCUGCAUUUACAAGAAACCAAAAUUGUUUGGGGAGUCAUCAGACUCUGAGAGUUCAGAUGAUGACUUGUGUAAAGCACCUAAAACUUAUCAUAAACGUUCCAAGAAAAACCAUGAUAAUCAUGAAAACUGUUCAGCUUGUACCUAGUCUCAAAAAACUAUAAUUAUUUAAUGAUUUUUUAUAUUUCCUUAGGCAAUAGUGCCGAUGGCAUUUUUAGGUACCAAUCUCCUGUUGAUUACCAAUGCCCAUAAUAUUGUUUUUUGAAAUGUUGUUUUUUGUUAUAUAUAUACAAUGUAAGUUAUUAUAUCUAUAAUAAAUAUAGAUUGUUUGAAAUAAAA